AUGUUAUCAUUUAGAACUCGAGGUUAUAAUGGUUAUGGUGUACAAUACUCUCCAUACUUUGACAAUAAAUUAGCAGUAGCUAGUGCAGCUAACUAUGGAUUGGUUGGUAAUGGAAGAUUAUUUGUAUUAAAUAUAGAGAAUAAUGGAACUAUAAGAGAUCAAAUAUCUUGGGAAACUCAAGAUGGUUUAUUUGAUGUUUCAUGGAGUGAAGUUCAUGAAAAUCAAUUGACAGUAGCAAGUGGAGAUGGAUCAAUAAAAUUAUUUGAUUUAACUGUGGGUCAAUUCCCUGUUAUGAAUUGGAAAGAACAUGGACGAGAAGUAUUUUCAGUUAAUUGGAAUUUGGUAGAUAAAAGUAACUUUGUUAGUUCAAGUUGGGAUGGUACUAUAAAAGUUUGGUCUCCUCAAAGAAAUCAAUCAUUGUUAACACUUGAAAAUCCAUCAUCAAUAGCGUCCACUACUCAAGUUCAACCACAAUUACAACCACCAGGUACAACUGUACCAUUAUCUCAUCAACAACUGCAUCAACAAACUCAGAAUCUGAUUAAUACUAUUAAUUGUAUAUAUAAUGCUACAUUUUCUCCACAUUCACCAUCUACAAUCAUUAGUUGUAGUGGAUCAUCUCACCUACAAAUUUGGGAUAUAAGAGCUCCAAAUCCUUUACAAAUGGAUUAUAUAGCUCAUGGAGGAUUAGAAGCUUUAAGUUGUGAUUGGAAUAAAUAUAAAUCCACAAUUGUUGCAUCAGCAGGUACUGAUAAAUCGAUUAGAAUAUGGGACUUAAGAUUAAUUUCUAAAGUAGAUCAACAUAAUAUUACUCAACCAUCUUAUCAUGUUAGGGGUCCAACUCCAUUAAAUGAAUUAUUAGGUCAUGAAUUUGCCGUUCGUAAAAUUCAAUGGUCUCCUCAUGAUGGUCAAGAACUUAUAAGUACUUCAUAUGAUAUGAGUGUUAGAAUUUGGCGAGAUGAAUCUCACGAAAAGGCACGAUUCCUUAAUCUUCAAAAUGGAGGUUGUAGAGGGGUAUUCAAUAGUCAUAAAGAAUUUGUAAUUGGAUGUGAUUAUAGUUUAUGGGGUGAACCAGGUUGGGUUGCUACUACUGGUUGGGAUGAAAUGGUAUACGUAUGGGAUACAAAAAGAUUAUAA